AUCCUCAAGCGAACUAUAAUGCGAAACGGUUCUGAUGGAGAUGGUGGCCCUUUCACUGAUGCGACCGUAUUCAAUCUCGUACGGAGUGUCGACUCGGUGUAAACUCUCGGGUCAAAAAGAAGAGCAAAAAAAAACACACAAACACACGGAAGCGCGGGAGUGUAUUUACGCCAUUGCACGCGAUCAGCUCGGAAGUGUGGAUGUCGAUUUUCUAAUCAAAAGUGUCCGGCAAAAAGCGGGAUCGCCAAAUAGGGAGGCAGGGAAAGCGAAGCCAAAGGUUAAGGUGGUGGAAAGUGCAUCAGUUGGGUGUGCGGGUGUGUGUGUACAUUGAUUGAUCGAAUAAAAUUAACCAAUCCAAAUUGUGUGAUCGUCCUACAUCCAUCGGGUCUCUAAAGUCUAAAACGCGAAACCAGAACGACGGGCGGAAGAUUGAAGAUUGAUGGUGAGCAAAAUUACCCACUUCCAAGGGUGUUUCGUGGCGGCGGCGACUUCUUCAAACCCCGGAGUUCCGAACGAUAAUUCAAUUUAUUUCGACAAGUGUGCUGCUCGAGUUCCUCGGUCUGGGUUCACAUCGCUUAGCUUAGUUAGUCGGUGCUAGCGGUGAGUGAGUUAGUUAGUGCGUUCGGUGAUGCUCGUUCACUAAUUAAAGCGAGUUCAGUGGUGCAUCUUGAAGGCGCUGCGUGAGUGUAUAUCUUAAGUGUCUGUGGGCAGACAGGUUGACCGAUUCCAAGAGCUGUUUGUGUGUGUGUGUGCCGGUUAUUGAACCACCGAGUGCCAUCGGCCGUGCCAAAUUGUGAAGCAAAUCCAUCGAUCGAGGUGACACAAUCGAGGAAGUGGUGCUAAAUUUAUGCGUGUGUCUCACCUUUUGUGAGGACGAUUCGAUAAUCGAAUAUAAUCCAAUUAACGUGUCCACCCACUGAACGUAUUCUCCCACCCCACCAACGAUAAGCCAUUCGGGUGUAGUGUGUAAGGCGAAGUAGUGCAAUGCAACCAUUUGUUCCUACCAAGGAAGUGAUCCUGUAACGUGUUGGAGGGAGUGUUUUUCGUUUUGUUCUUCCAAAAAACACAGGGAAAUAUUUGCCCAAAAAUUUAGCUGUUUUGCAAACCAUGCAACUGUGGAGUGUGUAGAAGCCACAAGUUAGUAGCUUCCUUGCAGUUCCUACAGCGAGUUAUACCACCCGUGAAGUGAGCGUGAAACAAUAAGCAACGCCAAAAGGGAAGGAUUAUUACCCCCCUCCAGACACCCGUUUGCCGUACGACAAUGAUUACUCCCCGGAUUACCAUGACUCGGAUGCACUUUGGAUUCAAUUUCCUGCUCCUUAUUGCCGCUUCCUCCAUUAAUGGCAAUCAACAAAUCUCGAAACGGACGGAUCCGGUAGGCGACGCAUUGAAGCUGACACCAGAGGAGGAGACGGCCCACUUCGUCAACCAGUCGCGGAUGGUCACCUGCAGCCACACGAACCAGGAAGUGAAGCUAAAGUGGCGAAAUCCGAAAAAUGUCGUCAUUAGCGAAACCAAGGGCCGUGUACACAUCGAGGACAAGGGCGAUUCGCUGUCGCUGAUAUUCGAAGCGAUUGCCCGUACCGACCAGGGCAAUUGGACGUGCGAGGUGGAUGUGGAGGGAACGGCCACCGUUACCGACGGACGGGUAACAGUACCGGCGCUGCGAAAAUCCUUUAAAAUGAUCGUUUACGAACCCAUUUCCUUCCGGGAUACGAGCACCGUGCAAACGGCCGUAGAAGAUAAGGACGCAACGAUCCGCUGCGAGGUAAAAGGACAUCCGGAACCGUCCGUCUCCUGGUAUUUUAACGGUCAACCCCUGUUCUUCUCCAACAACGGACGCUACAGCAAGCUGGCGGACGGAAUGUCCAUCAAGAAGGUGGUCCAGAACGAUAGCGGCGAGUACACGUGCAAAGCGUUCCAGAUCUCGGCCACCGGAAGCAGCUUCGAGGAGAAGACGAUUCGACUCAACAUCAAACAUAAACCUUACUUACCGGCAUGGAAACCAUCCGUAUCGGACGCGUACGGCUACGUUGGUGGGGUGGUUAAUCUUACGUGUGAAGCGACCGCCGAACCGCCGGCCAACUUUAGCUGGUCGGCCAACAAUAAAAAGCUUACCCCGAAAAGCCACAUCAUCUACAACGGGCGCCAUGUGUCGAUGCUGCAGAUCAUGAUAAAAACCAGCAGCAUAUUCGGCAAGUACAAGUGUGAGGCUAAAAACGAACUUGGGACCGUGUCGCAGGAGAUCCACCUGAAGGAGGGCACUAAACCCGAUCCACCGAGUCUGUUUCAACUACGUGGUGUCAACUCGGACACGCUCGACAUCGACGUCGGAGCAACCAAAUCCCAUGACAUUCCGCCCGAUCCAACCACCGUGAUCGGGUACCGGUUCGAACUGAUGCCCACGGAAGAAUACUUAAAGUCCCGCUCGUGGGACCGGGCCAGCCGACGUGACUUCGAUGUGGCCGACGGUGCAACGUAUCUGCUGGUGCAGCUCAUACCGGACACCAAGUACCUCAUCCGGGUCGCUGCCCGCAAUGCGGCCGGGCUGAGCGAUUGGACCGAGGUGAAGGAGUUCUCGACACAUCCGCUACAGCCGCACGGAACCAGCGGGUCAACGGUUGCGAACGCGAAACCCACCGACGUAUGCUUCAAGUUCGUUUGGUUCCUGGCCGUAGCGCUCCCGACGGCCCUAUCCAUCACGCAUCACCGAUUUGCAGACCUAACCAAGGCCCGGUUCUAGAUCACCAUUCCCCCUAACACACCUUACCGCUCCCUACACUAAAAAACCAACCAACCAGCCAGUGGAGAAAAGAAAUAGAUAAAUCCUAAGUUCCAACGUGAAGCGUCACAGCACGACAGUGACUUGCGCGCGAAACAGUCACACUGUGGCGACACAUACGCCAGCCCGCGCCGGGAAAUUAAACAAGGUAGGAGAAAUUGGCACAUCUCGCUUACGGGAAAAAAAGGGAAAACUUCCGCCACACGUUUCGUAAUGGCGCGUAACAUGCCAACAAAGUGCUCCGAAACACGGUGCACUGAUGCGAAUGAUCGAUCGGACAGAAUGAAACCGCGUUGAUGGUACGUCAGAAAUGAUGAGAAAAGUUUUUAGUGUCACUUUACGGAAAUUAGACUCGUUUUGGUGUGGUAUGUGCUUUUUCUUUUCGAUCGUGAAAAGCACUGAUGAAGUUGGAGACACUAGAAAGAACAAAAAAAGCCAUGCAAUGCAUCAUCGAAGCUGUUGAAAAUAGGAAUUGAGAAGUAGGGAUGUUGUCUUGCAGCCAUCGCAGCACUACCAUACGGAAAAACGCAUUCCAUGAUAAGCACACAUACACACACAUACACUUACGAAUGAGGGUGCUUUGUCUGGAGGGCGAAUAAAAGCGACAAAAGAAAAUCUCAACAAGGUUUUUCCACCCCUGCAAGUUGCAUGGAUGGAUGGCACUUUAAUAAGCAAAUACGCCUAAAAGUAUGCAAUCUACAACAAGAAAACCCCUAAAGUCCGGCAAUUUGUAACACAUAUUUACCUUGUUAGGAGUUUUGUUUUUCGAUUGCUCGCUAGUUUUCUUUAGCAAUGCAAUCCACUGGGAAAAAGUAAAAUUGCACACCGUACACAACACAUGGAAAAUGAUGGAGGAAAUCACACACACAGAAGAACACAUCCUUAGAGCCAAAGAAAUCGAUCCCUUAGUAGAUUAGAUAUAUUGAAAAGAAAUUUCCGUAUGUUUUAUGUGUAUAUGAAAAUAGCAAACAGUGCCAGUGGUACGAUAACACCGGCUAAAUAUGAGGAAAAAGCGCGGCGAAAAAGAUUUAUGUGAAUGUAUUUGUGUAAGGGAAAGUUACUAGUACAGCAACGGAGCAAAUGAGCUAGAAUAGUUACAAGGCUGUUGUGUUUUUGAUAUCUGUUGUUUAUAAAACGUUCGAAUUUGUCAACCACCCCUCCCCCCACACAACUUGUUAAACAAAACAAGAAAAACGCGGUCAAAAUUGUAUAAUAAGCAUACUUUCCUCAUAAAAAAGGGACAAACAAACACAACCCGCACAUAAAACUCGCUACAAUAUUGCAUCCGUGACACAUCCGUUUGCCCCUCAAAAAAAACCCAUUUCCCACCUUUGUACGGGCCACAAGGGAGAAGCAAGCAACAAUACACACAGAAAAAAAGGAAAACCUUAAACCGUUUCACUCAAUUAUCGUUCAAAAUGUGCUUCGUUUAUUAAAUUCUGGACCCUCCCCCCACCUGGGUCACGAUCAACGGAAUCAACUCAUUAGACGACGAAGUGCUGCUGCAGGUUGAGCAUUGAGUUUCUUUCUGUUGCCAUCGGAUAAACGUUGUUGAAAUAGCGGGCCUGUACAGGAGAAAAACCUGACACACAUAAUCCCUUGACACUGGAGUUCACUUGAGAAGGUUUGCCCGUUACCUGCAUCCCGACAAAAGGGUGGAAAACAGCUACAGACGAGCGUAAAAUAAAUUCCCUAACAAUUGGUUUAGCUUCUUGCUAAAUUUCCUUCAUCCCCCACCCCUAACUGAGGAGGGAACUCCUAAUCCUUCGACAUUCAAUGCCGCCUUUGAUGGUGGUGGGAGGGGUUGCAGUGUUCCGGUUCGAGUGCCACAAGAAACAAGCAUACGCCGGUGCUUGUGACUGCAAUCAGUGCCGUGGGUGCAUCUAGAUGCCGUUCGUGGUACUUUGCAGAUGCAAUUAACUAGAUAAAAAGGUUUCAAUUCUUUCCGCGCCAUUUUCGAGUGGCGAGCGGCAGCUGUAGGUUUUGUAGAAUGAUGCUUUAUGUUCUCAACUUUUGUCAAUGUUUUUUAUUCAUUUUUUUCUGCUUUCUGGCUUGCUUUCUCUCAUUCAUACAACAUGACACAUUUUCAUCUUUUUUUUUUGUAUGUCACCAAUAAGAGACCGUUCUCGGAACUUGAAGCCUUCAAAGCUGAUUUCCUGUUUUUUUUCUUUUGGUUUAAUUUUCCAUCUCCAACGGACGAUGAAUAAAUUUAAAAGUCCAACACUAGUGAAACUAGAAAACAGAAACAGUAGAUCGACACCAGGAGUGAGCCGUAUUCCACCUGAUCUGCAUUCAUGUUCAGCUCUGCCCCUUAUCAAAGAAGAAACCUCGCACAUAAACAACGGCUCGCUAUCGUGUGAUACGGUGGGGGUAAAAAAAAGACCACAAAAAAUAACAUGCAGAGAGAUAGUUUUGUAGUUAAAACGGAAACGAGUCACUACAUUCCGUUUAUGCAAAAGCUUCAACCGGGCGUUGAAGUUGAAGGAAACGGUCGCACCUGCAACGAUCGUAUCCAUUGCCAGGCCACAUGCGGAAUGUUGUCCCCAGUGGAGAUUGAUGUUAGCUUUAGGUGUUGUUUUCCUUUUUUUUUAAGCUUGAAAAAUUCCUCCUUCCCCCCUUAACAAGCAAAGCAACAUCAAACGACUUUAGGCGAAUCUAGAUUCGGGGAAUGGAAGUUUUUGUUUUUGGUUGUUUUGUGUCGCUCAAUAGUCAACACUUGCCAACCGUACAUUCAAGAAUUGAGCACGAGAAUGCGAGAUAAAAACAGGAACAAAUCAUUCAAAAUUCAUUUGUGGCAAAUGCAUUGCUUUAAACGCAAACAUUGCCCUUGCAUGUGUUCGAAAAAAGAGAGCAAAUGAAGGUAAAUAUUAAAUUUAUCCAAACGUCCCUUGUGUCCCCAGCGGCGCUCGGCAUAUUUAUUAACUCGACCCAGUAAUUUCCCCGACAGAAAAUGCAUCGAUGCUGCUGCAAAAACCAUGAAUAACCUCACGAUAACCCCCUUUGCUUUAAUCUUCCCAUUGAUAUAAUAAUUGCAUUUCACUUAUUAAAUAAACCCAAUUUUUGGUCUUCCUUCUGCUUGUUUCUACCAAUUUUUGCUAGUGAAUAAAAAAGCUGGGAAUUCCGUAUAAUAAAUUGAACAGAGCGAGGGUUUUCUUCUCACCCUGUCCUGCCAUUUUCGGUCCAAAAAUCCUUCCAAUAUUCAUAACACAAACACCAUCGGGG